ACUGACUUCAAUUGACGAUGUCGGUUGUUGUAGCAACCGUCUUAAGGCGCAACAGCGUGGUUGGUUGUGUUGGUAGUAAUAUAAGCUAAUUUCAAUAUUAGUUGUAACGAUAUGUUCGCAUUUUUCUGCGUUUAACGUCGCGCAGUGUUUUUGUUCACCUUGGCUAUAAGUUGUGUUAGCCUAACGGUCAGACUGCAGCUAAGUGCUUACAUUAGGUGAGCAAAAUGCGCUAACCUAAAUCCUUAAAUUGCAGUAACGUUGCAUUUGUUUGCGCAUUCUAUUUUAGUAUAGCUACUCAUUGUCUGAUUAAGUAAUUAGUUACUCAGCAUGUCGGCUGUCAGCAGCCUCGUCCCUGCACGGUUCUUGACUAUCACAGCUCACCUUGUCAUCGUCAUCACAAUCUUUUGGUCAAGGGAAAACAACGUAAAGGCUUGCUUGCCUUUGGAUUUCACGCAAGAGCAGUAUGAUGAUGAAGACAGGAAGUUGGUGGUGGCAUUGGCAGUCACCCUGGGUCUGUUUGCUAUAGAAUUGGCUGGGUUCUUCUCAGGAGUGUCCAUGUUCAACUGCACCCAAGGUCUCCUGUCACUGGCUGUCCACUGCACCGCAUCGGUAUCCUUGUCUUUCUUUGUGUUUGAGAAGUGGGAAUGCUGGACAUAUUGGGUUAUUUUUGCCGCCUGCAGUGUGCUACCAGCUUUUGUGGAGAUUCUUCUGUUUAUAGCUGUUUUUGGACUUAAGAAGAAGCCAUUGUGAAAGACAGUCCUGAUCUGAAAUGCUACAAAUUAGUGUGGACGUGGACAUCUUUCUCACUGUAUCACAAGGUCUGUGAUUCAUUAAUAAUGUGCAGUGUGCACACACUGCACCAACAAACAUCAAAAGGAUAUACAAGCCGCUCUCUGUCCGUAUUGGGUUUUUUUAAAUAUAUUUUUAUACAUUUUGAAUGAAAUAGAUUCAGAAAAGGCAGUUACUUUGUUGAAAUAAGUGCUAAUUUGUCAGUAAACUUCAAUGUGGUUUUCUGUUCUCAGUCUAUUUGUCAUUUCCAUGGAAAGUCUUAGAAUGCUAUUGUAAUCCAAUAUACAUUUUGAACAAAUUCUUUCUUAAACUGUUGAUGGUUGUCUUCUUUUUGCUCUGAACCCCUUUGGCACUCAAGUCUUGUUUUUGCCUCCUAGGCACUUCUUUUUCAGAGUGCGUAACGUGUACAAAUAAUGCCUCCCCCAUCCAGAUUAGCAGACCAAUACCACAACCAAGGUCUUAAUCCAAUGUAAAAAAAAAAAAAAGGGUUACAAAAUUGUACAGUGUAAGG